AUGAUAUCGAGCAAGCCGUUUUUCAUGUUGGUCAGAGAGGUCCGGGUGUUGUACUGGAGUUGUCUGAGUUGCGUUGUGAUAUUGGUGGUUUUCUUUAGUUACAACUCGUUCCCGCACUUCGACAUCCACUCGAUUCAGUCUUCGGGAAAGAAGACCAGCACGCAAACGAAACCUGAGGAUUCGUCAAUUAAGAGUGGUGGAAGUAACGAGGAUGGGAUGUUUGACCAUGGUUCCAACAAGAAUGAGACGUUGGAUUCAGAGAGGUUAAAGGAACUGAAAUAUGCAAUCAUUCUCCCGACAUAUAGCGAUCACAUUCCGCUUGCGAUCGAAUUCUUACAGUCGUACAUGUGCCUUUGCACUGACCACUCGGAUAUCGACUUCCACGUUGUCGUGUCAGACUCGAACGAGGUCACAAUGUUCCAAGAUGCGAUGAAGAAGUUGAAAUCUUGCGGGCCAUCCUUUAGCAUUUUCCCAACACCUCCAAUGAACAUUAACGGGCCGAAACCGAACAUCAACAUAAUCAACUUUUUCGACAUCCUUCCCCCGGUCUUCCACUCCAUGACCACCGGCAAGAUAAUGGGCAAUGAUACCUCGGCGGUACUGAAAGAACGUGGAAAGUACCAGUACCAGACGAUCAAGAAGAUGGCGGCGGCGGCGGCGGUGGAUCUUGAUUACGACUAUGCACUAUGGCUUGACUCCGAGGCCAUUGCAGUACAACCCUUCAGCAUGCGCCAAACGUUUGACACCUACGUGAAGGCGCCCACAAUAUGGAGGUCGCAGAUGACGAAUGACGAUUUCAUGCGAAAAAUAAUUGGCAGUGCGGCCGAUGUGCUCGAUCGAUCCUUGGAUUCAUUUGGCUCCGACUUUUGGAACCUGGAGAGUAAUGAGUGGAUUUUUGAAAAGGCCGUCUUCAACGAUAUGGUUCAAUAUGUGGAAAAGGUUCACAAACAGGAUUUCUGGACGGCGUGGGUCACGCAUGGCGGACCAUUCGAGGUGAACCUAUACAACAUGCACAUCCAAGCACGAAAGUUGGAGACUACGGACCCUCUGUUCACCAAAUAUCGUAUCAUUGAAACUGAAAGAGAGAUGGCGAAGUUCGGCAUGAUUGACCCAGCAAAAGCCGUGAUCGACGCUAUAGUAGGACAUGGUCUACUGGAAGUUGGCUACAAGCUGUUGGCAGUCCCUGAAAUAGGACCGAAAUUUUCAUCCUUGUUGAACGAAUACGGCGAGCGGCUUCUCCGCUUCGAAGAUCUUGACGUCGGGCCACCAGAAGUUGUUGAUCGAUUUUUGUUGGACACACCGAUAUAUAUGUUGUGCUCGGGAGCUCCACCAUUGCAUAGUUGGUGGGAAAAGAGGAAGAAAAUAUUUGAGCCAGAGAUUGUUCAUGAAUAA